AUGGAGAAGGGACUCGCCGCGCUCGACGCUGCGAUGGGAGAGGACGCCCUAAUCUAUGCGUUCUCGCCUAUCACCAUCAUAUCGCCGGGUGGCUACGUCGCAGUUACGUUUUUCCAAAACCGAGCGUCGACAGAAGACAUUGAUUUCUUUAUCGACCCGGAAUACGCUCGCGAUCAAGACAUACUGGGUGCCAUUCGCAAGGCAAUGCGUCAAAUCGGCCGCAGCUUAGAUCUUGGAGAAUCAUGGAUCAAUGAUGCUGUCUCACUGUUUCUCACCCUCGACGCCCGCCGAUCGCUUUUCGAGGACGCACAAAAACAGAAUAUCGUCCUCUGGGAAGGAGCAAACUUGAAAGUGUUAGCUGCGCCGCUGGAAUGGGGUUUGGAAACCAAACUCAGGCGUCUCUCGACAAAGCCAAAUCAUCCGAAGACGAACACGGAUAUGAGUGACAUUCUUGUUAUUCUGAAAUUCUUGAAAGACCGGGAUGGAGCACCGUGA